AUGCCCAACGUUGUUAGUAUUUUAUUGUUCGCGGGGCUCGUUGUCAUCGGUGCCGCGCAGUCGAAGGACCCUGCAGUGUUGCAGCAAUACGAGAUUUUGCAACAAAUUGAAGCCUUGGGAGUGGAAUUUACGAAAUAUUUUAGAAAUGUCACUCUGCAAAGCUUGGGUGUGUUGGAUUUCCAAGCGCCCAGACAGGAGGAUAUCGUAUGCAUCCAGGAUUUGGCAGAAGUUAUAAAAGGUCUCUCCAGCAGGCAACGUUGGGCACUGAAGAUGAUCGAUUCGUGGGGAUCAAUUCCCACUGGACUUCUAACUGGUAAUGCCUUCGACUUGGGCAACUUCGACGAGUGUCUAUCAAUUAGUCAGUCCAUUAGCAGCAAGCAGGAAAUAAAUGGAAAAUAUUGUUUUCUCCUUGUAAGCAAUUUAAGAAUUGCUACUUGCUUUCCGGCUUCUUGUUCAGCCAUGCAAAUGCAGCCCUUUGUGGACCAACUUUUUCACAAAAUAAUCAACUCUAGCAACUCCAGCAUAAGUGGGAAAAUCAGUGAAGCCAGCUGCCAGACAAGUGAUCUCGUACCUUGGGAUGGUCUGACCAUUUUCACAAUAGUGGUGUUAUCUUUGAUGGCAUGCGUAGUGAUAUCGUUCACACUGUUUGACUUUAUUAUGUGCCAUGAUCAGAAAAAUCUUCCUGCCGUGAUAAGAGCUCUUUCAGCUCGGGCCAACUCCAGAGCUCUUUUCCGAAUUGUGCCCAACAAAACGAACCCAAAUGUAAUCGAGUGCUUCCAUGGUAUCCGCUGCAUGUCACUCCUCUGGGUAAUUUAUGCCCAUGAGUACAUAUUCUUUACAACAUCACCCAACCUGAACAGCGCGGAUAUGCAGGAUUGGGCCGUUCAACCGUUUUCCAGCUUUAUUCUGCACGGCUACUUUUCGGUGGACUCCUUUUUCGUCCUUGGUGGCCUACUCGUUUCCAUGAUUGCUCUACGUGCUAUGGAGAAAACAAAGGGAAGACUAAACCCGCUGCUGAUGUAUCUGCACCGCAUUAUCCGCAUCCUGCCAGUCGUGGCCAUCGCCAUUCUCGUCUACAUGACGAUGAUGAACGUGGUCAGCGGUGGACCAAUGCUCAAACACGGAUAUCACGGGAAGGUGGCUUGCUCGAAUGGGUGGUAUUGGACCUUACUCUUCAUUCAGAACUACGCAGUCUUGGACAUUUGUCUGGAUCACACUUGGUACUUGGCGGUGGAUAUGCAGCUGUACAUCAUAUCUCCGCUUCUGCUAAUAGCCCUUUACAAGUGGAAAAACAAAGCUGUUGCUGGAAUUGUAUGCCUAAUAGUCCUGCUCUCGGGCUGCCUGUUUGCCACACAGAUGAUCAACAAGUACUCACUACUCAUUAAAAAUAACUCAGAAGUUACUGAAAUUGCCAAUAAGAAACUGUACUUGGCCACGCACAGGCAUGCUGCUCCCUGGCUGAUUGGAUUUCUGUUCGGUUACUUCCUUCAUGUAAAUCGAGGCAUAAAGUUCCUGAUAAGAAGGCCAAUAGUGUGGACAGGAUGGUUGCUAAGCCUGGCUAUGAUCUUCACCUCAAUCUUUGCCCUCUAUCCGGCGGCCCAAUGGAGUGCUCCUCCUCUGUCCAUCCUCGAGGAGUCCCUGUACUAUACCCUCACCCGCUUGGCCUGGCCCCUGGCCAUCUGCUGGAUCAUCUUCGCCUGCAUGCAAGGAUACGGUGGACUGGCCAACAGUUUCCUCUCCUCGCCCAUGUGGCAGCCUCUCUCCAGGCUCUCCUACUCAAUGUACAUCUGGCACAUGUUCAUCCAGGAGGUGAACAGCAGGAAUGUCAGGACGAACUCUUAUUUCUCGAACUACACUGCGAUGGAACACUUUUGGUUCGACUUGGGCUUUACUGUGCUGAUGUCUUUUCUUUUGUACAUUUUAAUUGAGGCCCCUCUGUGCGGAUUUGACAGCCUACUUCGGCCUCGCAGGAUCUCACCAGCAGUUGAAAGGCCCCAGCUAAUUUCAGAUCAUGGCAAUGCGCCGGGAGGUCCCAAUGAGACUGAAAACAAGCCCAUAACUUUGUCUGACUAACCUUUUAUUUUAUUAUAUGAAUGAUAAAUUUGUAUAUAUGCAUUUAU